ACCUUGAAUGUCCCGGAUGUUCCCCAAUUAGCGUGAAGGUGGAGCUCCAAACUUCCUGACGGCUGCAGAUAGACAACCUCCGCGGCGUGCUCUCACUUCCCGCUUACACGGUGACAGUCUGCAGCGAAUGUCCCGAAGGUCUCACCGGAGAGUUAAACAGGUUUUUUUUAGACUGAGCAGAAUUUUUGGUUUAAUGCCGGUGACUUGAGAACAGGACUGCCGAUGAUCCGAAUAACCAUUCCAUCCAUGGAGAGGGAAGUGGACGAGUCAGGAAAGUCCAGAAAGGUCUUCCGGAUUGAAGUGCUGUUCAAUGAAAGGAAACAUUUUGUGCUGAGAAGAAAGAGCGAAUUCCAGACUCUGCACAGAAAACUCAGGAAGAUCAUCCAGACUCCUGAUUUCCCAUGUAAAAGGGGUCCUCAUCUGAGGACCAAACCUCUGCAGCAGAGGAUGCAGGAGUUGGAGGAUUAUAUUCAGGACAUCAUCUACACAUAUGAAGACGUGCCACAGGAGCUGUUGGACUUCCUCCAUGUCAAACAUUAUCACUCCAGCAACAAGAUGAGCAGCUUGGAAUCGCUUGAUGACCUGGACAGUCAGGAGUAUGGUUUCCAGUUACCGCAUCAGCGAGUGAUGGGGUUCUUCCAGGAUCCGUACGUGUCCGACCGCACAUCAGGUCUCCCUGAUGUGGUUGUGGGGGGAGUCCUGCAAGGAUUCUACCCGCGGGGCAACCGUGUGAGCUUCACAGCCCUCGCCGAGCCCGACUCCUCUGGGAAGGCUGGAAUUUAACCAAUGGGAGGGUCCACCAGUGGAACGGAAAGCCAUCACCAUCUACUAAAGGAAGUCGACAAAGGAACGUAGACGCCGAAUUCUUCCAUUAAAAGUCUACAUUUUAGCAGAGUUCUUAAUUUUGUACAGUAACAGCGGCCAUUGUUUUAUCACUCUUCAUGUUGAAAGUGAAGUGAAGAGAAUUAUAUUUAUAUAGCGCUUUUCUCUAGUGACUCGAAGCGCUUUACAUAGUGAAACCCAAUAUCUAAGUUACAUUUAAACCAGUGUGGGUGGCACUGGGAGCAGGUGGGUAAAGUGUCUUGCCCAAGGACACAACGGCAGUGACUAGGAUGGCGGAAGCGGGAAUCGAACCUGCAACCCUCAAGUUGCUGGCACGGCCACUCUACCAACUGAGCUAUACCGCCCCAGUCUCUAAUGCAGUCAAAUGGAAAUACAAAAAUGAGAAUGAAAUGUUUUGUAUAAUGCUCAUUUUACUUGAAUUUUAAUUGGUUUUACACGCCAAAGCAGCUGGUGCUGAUUUCUAAUAAAACAAUUCACAUUUA